AUGGAUAUCGACGAUAUUCUCAAAGCAUUUGACCAAGAAACUUCAAGACCACAACGAUCACAAAGUAAACUCUACCGCCAGGACUAUGAAUCGCUCAAGAAAGCAUGGAUAAAUGAAAGGACUUCGCCUGAAUUAUUGCAUUACGAAGUAGAUCUCAUGGAACGUGUACUGAAGCGAAUCCGACAACAGAUGGAAUUCAUAGAACUAAACUCCAUAGAAUUGCAAAGCUCGGAGGAAAAAGAUAUCAAGUUAUUGUUAGUCAUAAUAGAAAGUGAAUUAGAUAGAGUCAACUUCGUGGUUCGAAGUUACUUGAGGACUCGAUUAGAUAAAAUUGACAAAUUUACCAUUUACAUCCAUAAUGAGGAGCAAGAGUUGAAGAAACUAUCCCCUGAAGAAACGGAAUAUAUGAAUAGGCAUUUGGAGAUCCUGGUAGAGCUGUACAAUAAGCAAUUUCUCAGUAAACUGCCCGAAUCUUUACACACACUUGACGAUACCAGCGGAGGGAUAUCCAUGAUAGAAAGUCCGGAGUUGUCCAAGAGCGUGUUUAUCAGAGUGUUGAAGGAUAUUGAGAUACCAAUUGUUAUUGGAGGCGAAGAGAUUGAUAUGAAGCAAGAUGAGAUUUACGUGCUGAGUUAUAGGUUAGUCAAGGACCUUAUUCAAGCAGAAGAAGUUGCCCUUAUAUGA